GUCCAUCUAGGCGGACCGGCCGCUUGCACUCUCCCGCAUCUCAAGCCUCCAGAGAGGCAUCAUGGGCUUCGGGAAGUCCUCCCCCUUCUUGGCUUUCAGCAUCUUGGUCCUGUGCCAGGCAGGCGGCCUCCAGGCAGCACCACUCAGGUCGGCCUUGGAGAGCCUCCCAGACCUUGACCCCGCUGCACUCAGUGAGAAGGAAGGGCGCCUCCUACUGGCUGCACUGCUGAAGGCCUAUGUAGAGAGGAAGACCAAUGAACUGGAGCAGGAGGAGCAGGAGACAGAGGACUCCAGUGUCACUGCUCAGAAGAGAGCCUGCAACACUUCCACCUGUGUGACCCAUCGGCUGGCAGACUUGCUGAGCAGGUCUGGGGGCGUGGUGAAGAGCGACUUCGUGCCCACCAACGUAGGCUCUGAUGCCUAUGGUCGUCGCCGUCGCCGUAGAGACCUUCAGGCCUGAGCUGCUAACCGACUCUAGGAAGGUUACCAUGAAGCUGAACUCACCACUUCUAUUAAUUUCUGUUGACAACAACUUGGUGAGAAGGCCCCAUGGAAGAUAUACAUGUGUGCAUCCUAAUAGAUAACGAAAACACAAACAAACAGAAAAAACCACCCUGUCAAUCAAAAGGAAUGAAAUCGAAUGCAACUCAAGCAAACUCCAUAUUUGUUUGUGCAUCCUUUUUAUAUUUGAUUCCAUGUGCAGUA